AGCUAUCUCUGUCAACGGAUAUAAAAUUGAAAUCCGAACACACGUCAAACGUAAAAUAAUCAUAUGAUUUUAAAAAUAAAUCGGAAAACGUGUUUUUAAAAAGGUGUAUGGAAAAUAUAAAUUUUCAUUGGAAGACAUAAAAGUACAUGACUCUCAAUAUCGGAAAUCGUUAUCACUGAGACAAUUUCAUUUAAUUACGUAACCGCCAAAUCAUCAAUCUUAAAAAGUCGAUUACAAUGUGAGGUUAUGUUUAUGUCAUUAUUUGGCAUUGGUACUCGAGCAGUGAGAACAUUUGCUUCAGUUGGAUUUCAUACCAUGAAACCUAAAGUUGUGUUCGUAUUAGGGGGCCCAGGGGCCGGAAAAGGCACCCAAAGCCAGAAAAUAGUCGAGACUUUCGGCUAUACCCAUUUAUCUGCCGGCGAUCUGUUAAGGGAAGAAAGAAACAACCCUGGAUCACAGUAUGGGGAACUCAUAGAGAAUUACAUUAAAGAAGGUAAAAUUGUUCCUGUUGAGAUAACUUGCAGCCUCUUAGAAAAAGCCAUGGAAAAAUCAGGCAAGGAAAAAUUUCUUAUCGACGGUUUCCCUAGGAACAAAGACAACCUAGAUGGUUGGAAUAGGCAGGUGGCCGAUAAAGUAAACUUAGAAUUUGUUUUGUUCUUCGACUGUCCUUUGGAAAUAUGCCUCAACAGAUGUCUUGAAAGAGGAGCAUCAGGUAGUGGUCGAUCGGAUGAUAACGAAGAAAGUUUGAAGAAGAGGGUUAAUGUGUACCUUAAUGAAAGUAAACCAAUUAUCGACCAUUACGAUGAAUUCAACUUAGUGAAGAAAAUAGAUGCUACUCAAAAUGAAGAUAAAGUAUUUGACGAAGUUAAAAAGCUUUUUCGAGACAGUGGAGACCACUAGGUGUAAUUGCAAUAAGUAAAACGUUGGUCAGACUAGUCAAAACAUAUUUGGUUUAAUGCAAUUCUUUGCUGUCAUAUAAGUUGUCUCAAGUUGUACUUAAUUGGGGGCAUUUUUGUUAUUUAAUUCGUACGCAAAAACCUUUUUACAAUUUACUUAAACUUAAGUGGAAUACAUUAUUUUUAUUAAUAAAUAUCAUGAUUAUUUGUACUUAUUUUUUUAUACAUCAAUGAUUUUUAUAAAAUUUUUAUAACGUAUUUUAUAUGUCAAAUAUUGUAGGCUUCAUAGAGCUUGUUUAGUGACUAAUAAUAAAAAGUGUGCCCUUAUAAAGCGAAGUAGUCAUAAUUUUUUAGUUUAGACUAUUUACAAAAUACUAUCUCUCUUGAGUUAUAUUUUCCAUAUUUUUUACUUUUCUUAUGUGGUAUUUCUUAUAAUAUAUAUUGCAAUGACAUGUGACGAGUGCAAAUGAGAUAAUGAGAUAAUACCAAGCAUUCGAUACAGUUCAGUAUGCGAAAAAAAGUAAUUUCACAUAGCUCACCAUAAUUUUGGCGUUUGCUGUACUAUACUAUGGUUCAUUUUUUAAAUAGGAGGAGUAAUCUUAAACGACAGAUUCACACCCAAUAAUGUCACUACAAAAUAACCAGAUCAUCUUCUUUUUUGGUUGAUCAUGUCGGUCUUCGAUGGUAAUCCAUAAAUAUUAUAUUAUACUAAUACAUCGGUAAAAAGUUCUAAAAUCAACUGUUUUUUAAAUAAACGCAGACUAAAAAUCUAAAAAUUAAAGAAAAACGGCAGAAAACACAAAAAAAUCGCCGAUAUUACUUAAUUAACCUAUGAAUUUUAAAUGUAAUUAAUGUCAAAAUUUCAUAAAUAUCAAUAGUGACAAAUUUUUAUAAUUUAGUGGAGUAAACUUGCCUGUGGUUGGACCAAUUACAAACAUGCUUUACGGCGCGGUAAAUUUGAAUUACUGCUCCUAUUUAAAAAACGAGGUAUAAUAACUAAGUACUGAACGUAUGUAACUGAGGUUACCAACUACUCAAAACUGGCAUCUACGCAUUCGUUUAUCAAUUUCACAUUAUACAAUCAUAGGAGCAUUACGUCAUUACUUUAUUUAUGACUUUUAUGUGGUAAAUGUUUUGUCUAGUCUGUAUAGGUAAUUUUGUUAUACGGAAAAAGCAUUCCCUGUCGAAUUAAAAUGUUCAAUCACAGUGCAAAUGAAACUAUGAAUACAUUUAGCAUUUAAUGUUAAGAUUCCAAAACUGUUCAUGUGUUCUAUCUAGUGGUAUGUUCGUAGAUUUUAGUUUUGAUCUGCUAUGUUCACUUUUAUAAAUUUUUAGUUUAUUUUAUACUUUGCAAUGGUAUACCAUUUCAGCAAUACUUACUGGUAAGGAUCAUUUUAAAAGUGUUAUAAGAUAGAACUAGCAGAUUAAAAUAUUGAAAAUAUAAAAACAGUUAAUAAAGAAAUUUUCUCGAGAAA